CUAAUUGAUUCGUCGCCUCGUAAAACCCCCUGGGUGCCUGCGAGAAUGGUGGGUGAGAAAAUGGCAGUUUGUAUCGGAUCGGCGCAUCAGUUGUCCAUGGCAAUAAAAUGCCGGCGAAAGGCCCUUGCCUCAUACACUUCCCAAGAUGGCUCAUCCAUCAACAGAGGCGACUGGGUAUGCAUUCCCCGGCGAGCCUUGAUGCAGGAUGGCACUCGAUACAAGGAACCCCCGUAUGCGUAUUUGGCGGCUUUGGAUUCGUUGCGAGCCAACGCCCAGCUCCAGCAGCUUAAGCCAUGCGCUGAAAUGCCUGAUCAGGAGGAGUCCGGAUUGACACAUGUCAGCCAUAAUUGGCCGAUACGGAGUUUCGGCAACAUUCCUGGUGGAUUUGACGUUUCGCCAGUAAUAAAGCUCAUACUGAUUCGCAUCUUGGACGACUGGGAGUGCAGAAAGCCACAUCUCGGAGCGCCGAGAACCAAGGCGUGGGGCCGCUUGGGCUAA